GUUAAGAGGGUUUUCCUUGCCCUCCCUUUUCCCUCAACAACAACUACGCCUUCUACGCGCCGCGCUGUGCUUUGAAAGAACGCAGUCUUCCCAUCUCGCACCCCUAUCGCUAGAGAGAUUCAUUUUCCGCAACUUUACGGGCGUGUUGAGUCGGACGGUCGGUCGGUCGGUCGGUCGGUCGUUGUCGGAUAAGGAUUGUAGAACAGGGUGCGUUACAUGUUACUUUGACUUACCAGCUUUUAGCUUAGUGAAGUGUCCUGUAGUUAGCUGUGAUCCAGUGUAGAAUCCUUUCCAAUCGUGAGCGAGUUUGUUGAAAGGCAUCAAAAGAAAAAGCCUGUGUACCUGAACCUAACCAGUUCCAACCAGUUUCCUCAAACCGGGAGUCAGGGAGCGCAGAGCAUACAGGGACUCGACCGGGACACCACCGUCAACCGGACGUGGACCGGGCUUGUGAUGGAUGAAAAUCAAAUCAAAGUUUGCUUUACCGCUCUACCUGCCACGAACAGAAGCGGUGAAAUAGCAGAUCCUUUUAGCUCAUUCCAAGGGAGUGGCCACGUGAAAGCGUAGAAGACAGAACAGGAUGUGCCGUGGAGCCGUGAUGGUUCAAAUUGAACUCGAUUUCGCGGACCGUGGCAUGGUAGCAUGUGAACUAACGAACCCUUUUCCGAUGGAACAACAACAGCUGUGGCCGGAUCGGCGCGGUCGACGUUUAUUGAAAUUCCCGAAUGAUCUCUCCACCCCCCAUCCUGUGCUUGGAUGGAUGAAUUGGAUUCAAUAACAAAGAAAAAUCCCGGACCAAACAUGAAUAACAACAACAAAAAAGGGUUUGUGGUGUUUUGUGCCGCCAGUAAUCGAAGGGGAGACGAUGAAUAAAUUCGCCCAAAAACAGAGCAAAUGAGCACAAUGUGUGGCCGUACAAACAACAACUACUUCGGAUGGAACCGUGGUGUACCGACAGCUCGAGACCGACGACGACGACGUCGAGGCCUCGAGCUUAUGUGAACGCCACCAUAAAACACUGGGAGCACGUGGGUCGCUGGACACGGCCCAGGGGCGGUGAUGCAAAGUCAUAAAGGAUGCCAUCGUCCGCUAAGCCCAACGACUGCUUACAAGUGAUUUACUGUGCAUAUAAGACGCGCGUGUGUGCCUAUGUGGCCCGUACUGGGUCUCACCGAAAGGCUUUAUGAUCAGGAACGGCUGAUAGCAAGCAAAGAUAUGGUGCAAAGUUUAACCGGCAGUUGCUGGUUGGGCGUAGAAUCGCAAGGAUCUGCGCAAGGAGUGUGUAAUGCUCAAAGUUUCGUUGUUGAUCAAUUGUUGUUGAACGUUGGCAUAAAAGGCGUGUUUAUUAGAAUGGAUUACAUCCAUGAAGUUAUCGUGUAGGAACUGUUCCUCUAUUCGUUUGUGAACCCUAUUCCCUGCUCCAACUUAUUCGGCCAAGAUGGGGAAUGGCAUGAACAAGGUCAUGCCCGGGCUGUACAUUGGCAACUAUCGAGACUCGAAGGACUUCCAGCAGCUGGACCGCCACGGCAUCACGCACAUCGUUUCCAUCCACGACAGUCCGCGACGUUUUCAUCCGGACAAACACUAUCUGUGCGUGAUCGCCGCCGACAAACCGGACCAAAAUCUGUCGCAGUACUUCUCCGUCUGUAACGAUUUCAUCCACUCGGCACGCCUCAAGCAGGGCAACGUGCUGAUCCACUGUCUGGCCGGCAUGUCCCGCUCGGUGACGGUGGCCGUCGCCUACAUCAUGGCCGUCACGCCACUCAGCUGGAAGGAAGCACUGAAGGUCGUACGUGCUGGGCGAUCAAUCGCUAAUCCGAACCUGGGUUUCCAGAAUCAGCUGCAGGAGUUCGAAACGAAUAAACUACUAGAGGAAAGGAAGCGGCUUAAGGAACGGUUUCCCAGUUUGGCGCUGGAAUCGUCGGACCGGGAGCAGUGCUACCUAUCGCUGGACUACUACGAGGAGCUCCUGGAGAGUAAGGGUGUCUGCGAGGGUCACUGCAAGUUUGGUAAAGACUGUCCGACCGGAAUCUGCCGGCAGGAUUCACGUGGCGGUGGUGGUGGUGGUGGCGGCGGCGGCGGCGGUGGCCGGGUAUCUCGGAAGUCGAGUCUUUCGUCCAAAAAACAGUACAACUCUUCCCUGUCGACGUCACCGUCCAGCUCGUCGCAGCUGUCGGUACGCAGUGUCGGUUCGCCCGGUGGUGCCCAGUCCUGCCCGACGUCACCAGCUCUACGUAAAGCUUCGGCACAGCGAAGAUCGACCGGUGAACCCGGUAGCGGAACGACUGGCAGCCGUAAUCCCGACAAUCCGCGGGCGGCCGGUGAGUAUGCGGCCGAAAUAGACAUCGGGGAGCUGUCGGAGCUUCGGCGUAGCAGCAGCAUCGUGAGCACGUACCGACCACGCAGCAGUCCCGCGGGACUAUACUCCUACACAGGAUCUGCACCACCGUCCAUACAUGGGUCGAGGGUUGAUCUGAGUGGUGGCGUGAGUGGAGGCACCGGAUCGGCCAUCUAUCUUGGAUCGUCCAGUGGCGGUGGUGGUGCUGGAGCAGCAGGCAGCUCCCCCGGACCCUGCCGUCGGUUGAGUAUGCGCUCGACUCCGAAAUCAACGCCCGAAUCGUCACCGAAAGCGUCGCCGAAGAAAAGUGCGACCACUCCGGGCAAGAUGGCGGCUAGUGCGUCAGCGAAAAAGACUGCUACCGGUACUACGCCCAACACCGGUCGGAAAGGGUCCACCGCCGUAAGUGGAGCAUCACCAUCCAACAGCAGCAGCAACAGUGGCGCUUCAUCGUCUCCUGCUGUCAACACGAGUGCUCAACCUGCCAAAAAGGAGGCGAAUGCCACUGGCAAACCAACCUCCAAAACCACCGUCCCGAGUAAUAAUAAUACCGUCAUGAGUUCCAGUAGCACGACGACCAGCAGUGACGCAAGUGCUACUAGAACUACUACUACCGCUACUGCUACUAAUGCUGCUACCAUGGCAAAGACCACUUCCACUACCACGGGCAGUGGAAAGCGUUCCGACGUUCCCCCAACACGCGCACCUUCGAUUGUGAUAGACAUUAGCGCGAAUCGUCCCGAUUCCACCGGGAAAGCCAAGAAGGAUAUGAAAGAUGGCUUCAGUACCAAGGAUGCAGCCGGCGAAGAUGGUGUCAGUACUAAUAGGAACAGUGAGACGACGGCUACUCGCCAGACAGUCACCACUAAUAAUGCCAGUAAUCGUGUCACACGGAAAGAAUAGGGAGGGCAGUGGAUCCAGGCGCAGGAUGCUUGAUCUUCGGUGAAAACAUUUGUGAAAACUCUUGGCUUUAAGGGAACGCUUGGAAGAGGGAAGGAAUAGCCCGAUCGGGCGUGGAAAUGCGCGAACGCUCAAUAUCUUAGCUAAGUAAACUCACAUAAUCACUCUGCUCCGCUCCACUCUAUAGCGUAGGCUAGCGAACAGACGCCCCAUAUUAUAGUGCGGUCUCUUUUUUUUUAUCAAAAAUGCCAAUGCCAAAGGGCCACUAGAUGCUACUAUCAGGCAGCCACUGUUACGAGCGCUUUAACUGUGUAUCAAUUCGUAGGAGAGCCCCCCUUUUACUGUAUGGUAUCGAAAGUUCUAUUCAGAAAAGGAUUCUCUAAUGAGGUGAUGGUUUUGUGCAUCACAAAACUAUAGAGUGUGGAAGCUUUAGUGAUGAGGAAACGUGCUGUGCUUCUUGUCGGUGUGAUAGCUUUGAGUGGCGAAAUCCGCGCAGGAAUCGCGGACAAUUGUUGGCAAGGUUUUUUGGUAGUGGAAAUGCAAAUGAAAUCAAAUAAGGAAUAAGCACGGUACACGAGAGGACGAGUGAUGAAGGAGACCAUAUAAUUGUUUGAAAAAUGUGGACGCAUCAAUCAUCAUAAAAAAUGGCAUCCAGUGACCAGUAUUUAGCAACAUACAAAACAUAUUUACACACGAUUUCAAAUUAAAACUCGCAAAGUAAAAUAUGUAUCACGCUCGUGUUUUUUUUUCUGUAGAUGCUCCUCCACCUCAUACAUAACGGGUGUGUUUAGUUUGUUAUUUGUGAAAGCCAAAACAACUUCAUAGAACAAAUAGAAGCCUUUUGUUUCGAAUUAGCUGCAGCAGAAAAAUCACAAACAACAAUUGAUGCGUGAUGAUCACCCAUUCCCCCAUCAUCAUUAGCAGGAAUAGCAAUUAUACGUACGCUUCGCGAUUGUAGCUUUAGCUUUAGCAAACUGUCCCAUUUCAAGCAGUGUACGAGAAAAGGGAAGAAAUCAAUCACUAGCUUAUAUUUGUUCCGAUUUGGGCAUUAGAAAGCCAUAAAUGAAGCUGACGAAGAAAAAAGACAAGCGAUAAAGAAAAGUGGCGAGAUGGGAGGGCGUCGCCGAAUGCAAUAAUAUACAUAUGACGGGUUAGCAGUCCUGCAGAGGCUGUCGGAUGUUGGUUGAGGUGGAUAAACAGUGGAUGAUUGAAUGGCACAAACAGAGAUUUUGGGAGCGUUCAAUUGGGACGUAUUUAGAACCGGUGGAUCAACGGUGGAUAAGGAUAGGCGGCCCUAUCCUGCAGGCGCACAAUACACACCCCUACACAAAUACACGCAACAAAAACACACAUACAUACACGCUGGUACACACAAAUCGAAAUGAUAUAUUUAUAUUUAGCUGUUUUAUACAUUUAUUUUGAUAUGAAAAACCAAAACCCCCUCCCCCCCCCCCCCACUGUGAAGCAGAACAAAACGGGAUCAU